GAUUAUCCGAUAGGCAUUUGUUAAUGGCACGAAAAUCCAGCAAUUUUAUUUCGUCGUCAUUAUUAAAUUUUUUGCACUUUUCUCUCAGAAUUUCAUCAUAAAUCUAGUAUUUAAGCCCGCGAACGCCGGUAGUGACGUGUUAAAACCCUUUGUAGUGCACGGCAGUCACAGUGACAUCAUAGUGAUUUCUAAAAAUAGCCACCGGGAGUCGUGAGAAUUGCAGCAGCAGGAUCUUUGACUUUUGACCUUCAAUAUCGAAAAAAAAUCCAAAAUGAGUCUCGUCUGGACACUCAUUGCUAGCUUCUUGUAUGCGGAGAUUGCGGUGGUGCUGCUCCUGGUCCUGCCAGUGGCUAGCCCCUCGCGUUGGCAGCGAUUUUUCCGGUCACGCUUCCUUGCGAUGCUCGGAAGACAGGCUCAGAUGUACUUUUAUCUCCUCCUCGCCGUCCUUGUGGUCUUCCUCAUUGAGGCAGUGCGCGAAAUGCGAAAGUACUCUCACAUAGAUCCCGCCCAGGAGGCACACCUCAAUGUGGGCAUGCAGCACAGCAUGAGACUCUUCCGUGCUCAACGGAAUUUCUACAUCAGUGGCUUUGCCAUCUUCCUCGUCCUUGUCAUUCGACGUCUUGUCACUCUGAUUUCCGCCCAGGCAACCCUUCAGGCUCACUCCGAGGCCUCCAUUCGACAGGCAGAGAGUGCUUCAGCUGCCGCCCGGAGUCUCCUGUCUCAGCAGAAGGACAAGAAAGCAUCCGACGAUGAUGCCGAGGAAGUUAGUGCUCUCAAGGAAAAGAUUGCUGUAUUGGAGACUGAGUUGAAGCGUGAAAAGAAGGACAAAGAGGCAUUAAAAUCUCAGGCAGAGGGUGUCAAUCGGGAGUUUGAUCGGCUCACUGAGGAAUACAGCAAAUUGGAGAAGAAACUAACUUCCUCAUCAAAGGCUGACUAAUUUUUCACAGUGCUGACUCAUUUUUCUUCUAUACUUCAUAAAUUAUCAUCUUCUGCUGCUGUAGCACUUGUAGGGCCUUUUUGUAUUGAACACAUUAAUCAUUGAUUUUGUGUUUUCAAAGAAUAUUAUUAACAUUUUCUCCUGGCAUUUUGGGGAUUAAAAAAAAAGAGAAGUCAAUAAAUAAUUCUUUCGACUACCAAA